GCGACGUUCAUUACUCUUCUAGGAAGUUUCGAGAACAGUUCCGAACAGUGAUAUUGGUGGGAGAGCUACGCGUUUCCACAGUUUCUUUAAGUCUAUUGCACGGCCGGAGAGGACGUCUUUCACUGCGGUUAUACUUCCUUUAGCGACUUUUCUGCUUAAGCAGCAGGAACAGUUGUGUAAUACUUCAUACUUAUUGGUAUCUAUAUCGAAGAACAUUAUCCAGACAAAAUGGUGAAAGAAACUACCUUUUAUGACGUCUUGGGCGUUAAGCCUGAUUGUUCUCCAGAGGAUUUAAAGAAGGCGUACAGAAAACUUGCACUCAAAUAUCAUCCGGAUAAAAAUCCUAAUGAAGGAGAAAGGUUUAAGCAAAUUUCCCAAGCCUAUGAAGUAUUAUCAAAUCCAGAGAAGAAACGCAUUUAUGAUCAAGGUGGCGAGCAAGCUUUAAAAGAAGGUGGAAUGGGAGGAAAUGGUUUCUCUUCUCCAAUGGAUAUCUUUGAUAUGUUCUUUGGUGGAGCUUUUGGCGGAGGACGCGGAAGAAGGAGAGAACGAAAAGGACAAGAUGUUAUACAUCAGCUCUCUGUAUCAUUGGAAGAACUUUAUAAUGGGACUGUUCGUAAACUAGCGUUACAAAAAAAUGUUAUUUGUGAUAAAUGCGAAGGUAUUGGUGGUAAAAAAGGCUCCGUAGAACAAUGCACAUCAUGUCAUGGAAGUGGCAUGCAGGUCCAGAUACAGCAAUUGGGGCCAGGGAUGAUACAACACAUGCAAACAAUGUGUUCUGAAUGUAAAGGUCAGGGUGAACGCAUUAAUCCGCGUGAUCGUUGUAAGCAAUGUAUGGGAAGGAAGACUGUAAGAGACAGGAAAAUUUUGGAGGUACAUGUUGAUCCCGGUAUGAUGGACGGACAAAAAAUAGUUUUUAAUGGUGAAGGAGAUCAAGAGCCUGAGCUGGAAGCAGGCGAUAUUGUUAUUCUCUUAGAAGAAAAAGAACACGAUGUAUUCAAACGAUCACGACAUGACUUAAUAAUGCGAAUGCAUUUACAAUUGGUGGAAGCACUUUGUGGUUUUCAGAAAGUUAUUCGUACUUUGGAUGGUAGAGAUUUGGUUAUCACCAUGCUUCCUGGUAUGGUCACGAAGCACGGUGAUGUUAAGUGUAUUCUAAACGAGGGUAUGCCAAUUCACAAGGAUCCAUUCACGCACGGCAAACUUAUCAUUCAGUUUGUCGUUAAUUUUCCGAAAUCUAUCAAUCCUACUGUUAUUCCGACUCUCGAGCAAUGUUUACCAGCGAGGGAAGAAGUUUUAAUUCCGGAUGGCGCCGAGGAUGUUGUACUUACCGAUUUGGACCCUGAAGCUGAGCACAGGCGGAGAGACCAACGACCAGCUUAUGAGGAAGAUCAAGGAGGUCCAUCGCGGGUCCAAUGUACCACGCAAUAAGCUUAGUUACGCAGAUCUUAAUAAACAUGGCCACUUUCUUAUUUCAAACUUUUGUCCCAUUCUUUCGAUUCUGAGUCAUACAUAAAUAAAAAUGGAAAGAAAAGACGACGGAUAUUAAAAAAUGAGAGUAUCCUUCGACCGCAGUGAAAAACCCCAAAAAAUUAAAUAAAAAGGAAUCAAAAAUGAAAAUAAAAAUAACAACUUGAAUAUAUUUGAAUGCGCUUACGGCCCUGUAAGAGAAAAAAACUUUCUAAAACAACAAAAAUCUCUCAUGGACUGAUGUGAGCGUGUCAUCAAGGUACAUUCAAUAUUUUACUUAUCCGUCAUCCUAUAAAUAUCAAAGCAUUGUACAUUUUGGAAGACAAUGCCAACUCGAAUCCGGUAGUAAAUGCUUACUGUAGGUAAUUGCUAAUGAAGUAUACUUAUCACUAAAUGGAACGAUAAAAGAAAGUAAAUAAUAAUGUGUGAUUCAGCAUAACGUCACGUUAAGAUUAGUUAUCAAUUAAUAUGUAAUUUGUGAGGUCUAACAUCUAACUUCAUAGUAAUCUUUGAAUCGGUUUUUUUCUGCAAUCGGACUUGAUGAUUCUUAUUUAGUUAGCGGUGGUAAGCGUAAUUAUCUUAUUAAGACCGCAUGUCGAUGAUUAUAUAUAUAUAUAUAUAUAUAUAUAUAAAUGAUUUGUCUUAAAAUAUGUAAAAUCCGUUUAUUGUCAUUAAUUUAGUUCAAUAUUAAUGGGUUUUAUCUAUUUGUAAUUAUCUCUGUCUCGAUACAAAAUAAUAAAGUGUCGUCAUAGUAAAGUUUAUCGCUAGAUGCGGUAACAUUGAAAAUGUGGCAUUAGGAAUCCGAAAAAAACAGCUUAUAAUAAUAAUAAUAACAAUAUUAAUAUUAAUAAUUAUAAUAAUAAUAUUAAUAAUAAUUAUAAUUAUAAUAAUAAUGGACAUUAUUCCAUAUAAAUAGUAUUUCAAUUUAUGCGUCUCCGAGAAAACUCGUGAUCUAAGAAGAAUAAAAAGUUGCGAAGAAGAGAGAAAGUGAAAGAAAAAAAAAGGAAAGAAAGAAAAAGAAUCAGAGGGGGAGAAAGACAGCAAUGAAUCACGUUCCUGUAUGUAUGGACAAUUGCGCGUGUUUCGCAAAACUUUUAUUUGUGUAAUAUCGUGACAUCGUUUCUAAUAUCGUAUGUUU